AUGGUGCAUUAUGUUAUGAAAGUAGUGCUAAUUGUAUGGGCCUGCGAGACCGGCAAAAAUCAAGCCCGAGAGAUCAGCACUACUAUUUACGACGUACUUAAUAAUACAAGAGAUGAGCAAAUCAAAGGCGAGUUGCAGCUCUUUUCUUUGCAAAUAUUGCAUUGCAAAAAUAUAUUUUUGACGAAAGGUCUCGCUAUGGACGCGACACUUCUCGUAGCAAUGGUGGGUGGCAUUACGACAUACGUGUUAAUUUUGAUACAAUUUCUAAUCGCGGCACAUUCUUGUGAUGAAACAUUUGGAAUUAGUAUUACAAAUAAUUCAGAAAAUUUGGGAAAUCUCUUCAAAACUUUUACCGUCAAAAACCUAUCAGAAGUUAUCCAGAUUAAUCCAUACCAAGGACGUCUUGAGUGCCAUCUUGAUAGCCGUGCAAGAAUACCUGUAUUUCUCUAA